ACCUCGUAUCGUCUAAUUUAAGAAGACGACUUUUAAAUGACUGAAAAAAAUAUUUGACACAUACUCCAGGCUGGAGGUGUCUGGGAAAUUAAACAGUCAAGAAAAAAAAACGUUUUAGCGAUGGUAGUUGAAGAGGAUAUGUAGAUAAAUAUUUAUUUAUAUCGGUGUUUUUUUAUUUUUUUAAUUUUACACCGUUUAAAUUUCUUCAAGAUAAAUUUUUUAAGCAAUUGCGGUGAGUUUUUAAAUAAGCGCGAUGGCUUUUUCUGUAAAUAUUUCGGUGGAGGCUCCGAUUGAAAAUCAAAUUCAAGAGAUAACUUAUGACGGGCAGGAAAUAUAUCAAGCACCGCUGACUCUGUCGGAAAAUUUGGCGAAAAUCGCUCAGAAAAUAGAUUUCAGUAAGACAAGUACGUCGGGUGUUGAUGACCUUUGUGGUGAACAAGCUGAGAAUGGAGAAAAGUCGGAUGUCAGUAAACAAGAUUCAAAAGAUUCUUUUCCACAACAAAAUUCUUUGUGGCCAUGGGACAGCGUUAGGACAAAGUUAAGAAAUGCCUUGACAGAGGUUUGUGUUCUGGCUGACGUACUAGCAAUAGCCAAAGAAAAACGUUACAUGGUAUUAGAUCCAGUUCCUCAAGAGCCUCCGGAAGUAAAGCCUAUGGUACAGGUUUAUGCGAGAAAAAAAGCAUUGGCUGGUGCUGCAAAUGUACUUUUAACUGGAGUUGAAAGACUAAGAAAUAGUCAAAAUGAACUUGCUAGAAAUAGAUCAACACCAGACUUUCAUAUUGAGUUGUUGAGGCUUAGACAGAAUUGGCGAUUAAAAAAAGUAUCCAAUUCUAUAAUCGGUGAUCUCAGUUAUCGAACUGCUGGAUCAAAGUAUUCACAGACCGGAAUGUUUGAGGUAACUAAAGCAGAAGACGAUGAAAAAGUAACCGUAUGCAGUCCUCCAGUAUCUCCUAAUUCAAAUGCCGUUUCACCUGCGGCUAGUACUGCCGCAGGAGGAGUUGUACCACCAGCAUCAUCACCAACAGCCCCUCCUGCUUCUUCAACCCAGUCAUCCUCGUCAAAAAGUUCUUCCUUACGGGUUACUAUUCCCAGUGAAUUACAAGGCGUAGCGUACAUUAAAGUAUUGUGUCAAAAAGACCAAGAAGAUUUGUGCAGUUCAAAUAUAAAUCUACUAACCGCGACUGUGGCUAAUUCAAAUGCUGAUAUGCACUGGCAACAAAAACUCGAGGCUGCGCAAAAUGUAUUAUUUUGUAAAGAAUUAUUUAGCCAACUGGCCAGAGAAGCUGUUCACUUAAGAGCUCCGAUUCCUCACAUGGUUGUUGGUAAUCAAAUAAUGGCGACAGUACUUCCUGGUAUUCAACUGAUAAUUGGAUUGUGUCAUGGUACCGGUAAUGAUAAAAAAUCAACAUCCUCAUCGCCGCCUCCACCGGUUGCCCACAAUGCAGAGCACGAUCAUGUACUUGAGCAUUCACUUCAUCAGUUAUUACGAGAAGUACAUCAUAAAAAUACUCAUCAUCCUUUUCCACAUCCGUCUUCCGGUCCAUUGGGACCAAGCAAACGUCGAUGCAUUGCUGGACCAACUGCUGCUGAUCGUCACGAGUUACUGGAAAUGACCAAGAGUCAAACAAUUCUUGAACAAAUAAUCCAGCAAGCUCAACAUUUCUUCAUGAGAGUGCGCACUGAGUACGUAUUGGACACGAUUGCUAAAGAAGUUAAAGAUCCACUUAUUGUUUCACAUUGGAACGCUUUAAAUUCCCCUACUCAGUCUUGUGUUAAAAUAAAUAUCUGGACCAACGGAUACGAUACCGUUUGUCGGACAUCUUUGGUGGUACAUGUUGGAGAAAAAUCACUCAAGUGUGUUUGUAGGGACGGAAGAGUUAUGCAUAUGAGUUAUGAACCUCAAGAACUUAGAGAUCUUAUAUUUUGCCAGAUUCAUCAGCAUCAAAUUACUGCAGUACAAAAUUUAGCGAAAUGCAUGGGCUGGCAAUUUUUAGCAAACAGUUCCCACUUGGGUCUUGGUGCUGUUGAACCACUAGGUAAUGCCAGUAGUUGUAUACUCGCAUCACCAAUUGGCGAUCGCAUGAUCGCGGUAAGAUGUGAGCCACAAAGCGGCGUUCAAGUUUCAAUAGCACACUCUCCACGAAAAGAUUUCUUCCCCGGGCAACUGGUACGUGAACGCAAGUGGGAAAAUCUCGGUGGUUCAUUCAAAGAAGUAAGAUGGGACAAAAUGGAAGGAAAAAAUUUUUUAAAUAAAAUGGAAUUACUCAUGGCGUCACUCACAAGCUCAUAGGAAAAAAAAAGAUAAUUCUCAGGAUAAUUAUUAUGUGAAAUAAAUUUUUUAAAAAUAAACAAUAAAACUUAAAAUUUAUAAUUUAAAAUGUCUACGUUGACAAUAAACUAAUUAUUCUUGUAAUUGUAUUUUAUUUGUUAAUUAAUUUUAAUUGAUUAAAUAAUACAAUUUAAAAAUAAUAUUUAAAAUUUAUUUAAUAAUUAUUUUAUAAAUCCUGCUUUUUAAAUACAGUUUUUUUUUUUUUUUUGUUUUAUAAAUAC